CCACCAGUAACUGAAAUGGUUGCUCGCGGCCGGUAGUACGUCGCAGAGAUUUUUCGAAACGUUGAUAAGACGAGACCAAAAAUCCCAUCGCGGGCCCAUUCAGGUUGACACCCCCCCCCAAGCAUGGCGCACCAGAUGCUCUCGUCGGCCAGUAAACUGGAAAGACUGAUCCUCAGGUCCACUCAGAAAGGUUAUUUCGACACGCUUCAGUUGAGGCGACACUUAACUCUAUGGCAUGGAAGCAUGUUUAAAAAUGGCACAACAUUAUCUAUGAUUGAAGAGUUGCAGCAGAAAUGGAGAUUAUUUUGUAAACAGCCUCCUAAAGGAUUCGAAAAAUUCUUCAAACCAGGUGGAGCUAAAAGUGCUGAAAGUAGCGCUGAAAAUGUUGCUAAAAAGGCGGAAGAAGCAUCGAGUAAGAAAGCUACUGCGCAGAAACCUUCUUCGUCUACCUCCAGUUCAUCAUCGAGUUCCAAAGAUUCAGGUUUUGAGUGGACAUUUAAAGUUUUUAGUGAUAGUUCAAAGCGAGGAGGUAAAUCGUUCGAAGGUGGCGACAAGGAUAAGACAUUUAUGAUUUUGGGUGCACUUGGAGUAACUGGUAUACUUGCGUAUAUACUUUCCCAGGACCUCAAUCAAAAGGAGAUCACAUGGAGAGAAUUUACAUACAAUUAUUUAAGCAAAGGUCUGGUUGACAAAUUAGAAGUAGUAAACAAAAAGUGGGUGCGAGUAAGACUUUUACCUGGACAUACUGUCGAUGGCUCUGAUGUAUUGUGGUUCAAUAUUGGAAGUACUGAUACCUUUGAAAGAAAUCUAGAAAAUGCACAAAUAGAAUUAAACAUGGGACCUGAGAAUUAUAUUCCUGUGGUUUACAAAAAUGAAGUAGAAACUGCAAAUAUAGUAACAUAUUUGCCACAAAUUUUCAUGUUGGGAUUGCUCAUUUACUUUAUGCGAAGAUCUGCGGAAGCAAUGAUCGGUAAAGGAGGUAAAAGAGGUGGACUUUUUGGUACAGUAAUGGAAUCAACUGCAAAACUAAUAAAUUCGAAAGAUAUUGGUGUACGAUUUAAAGAUGUAGCUGGAUGUGAAGAGGCUAAAAUUGAAAUUAUGGAGUUUGUAAAUUUCUUAAAAAACCCGCAGCAAUAUAUAGAUCUCGGAGCUAAGAUUCCAAAAGGCGCCAUGUUAACAGGGCCGCCUGGUACUGGUAAAACUUUGUUAGCCAAAGCUACGGCUGGUGAAGCGGACGUACCAUUCAUCACAGUAUCCGGUUCGGAAUUCUUGGAAAUGUUUGUUGGUGUUGGUCCAUCCAGAGUGCGCGAUAUGUUCUCUAUGGCACGGAAGCAUGCACCGUGUAUAUUAUUUAUUGAUGAAAUUGAUGCGGUUGGACGAAAAAGAGGAGGUCGAAAUUUUGCAGGACAUUCUGAGCAAGAAAAUACAUUGAAUCAACUCUUGGUAGAAAUGGAUGGAUUUAACACGACGACUAAUGUGGUGGUAUUAGCGGCCACUAAUAGGGUAGACAUUUUAGACAAGGCGUUACUUAGACCUGGAAGAUUUGAUAGGCAAAUAUUUGUGCCAGCGCCAGAUAUCAAAGGACGGGCAUCCAUUUUCAAAGUGCAUUUAGCUCCUUUGAAAACUUUAUUAGACAAAGAUCAGUUAGCGAGAAAAAUGGCUUCUUUGACCCCUGGGUUUACAGGAGCUGAUAUCGCGAACGUUUGCAAUGAAGCGGCUCUAAUCGCGGCAAGAGAUUUGAAUGAUAAUAUUCAACUGAAAAAUUUUGAACAAGCUAUCGAGAGGGUAGUUGCUGGUAUGGAGAAGAAGACCAAUGUAUUACAACCUGAGGAGAAGAAGACGGUCGCGUAUCAUGAAGCAGGUCAUGCGGUAGCCGGUUGGUUCUUAGAGUAUGCGGAUCCGCUGCUGAAGGUGUCUAUUAUUCCGCGCGGUAAAGGAUUAGGAUAUGCCCAGUAUUUGCCACGUGAACAGUAUCUUUACACGAAGGAACAAUUAUUCGAUCGAAUGUGCAUGACGCUCGGUGGACGAGUAUCGGAAGAGAUCUUUUUCGGUCGCAUAACCACAGGCGCUCAGGAUGAUUUACAAAAGAUCACAGAAAUUGCGUAUGCCCAAAUUAUGCAAUAUGGUAUGAAUGAGAAGGUCGGCAAUGUCAGCUUUCAAAUGCCGAAGCCGGGAGAUAUGGUCCUGGACAAACCGUAUUCCGAAUAUACCGCGCAACUUAUUGACAAUGAGGUCCGAGAUUUGAUCGAUAGGGCGCAUAAGCGAACACGAACCCUUCUAAACGAGCACAAAGAAAACGUAAUUAAGGUUGCCGAGCGAUUGUUGAAGCAGGAAAUUUUAAGCAGGGACGAUAUGAUCGAGUUACUUGGUCCUCGGCCCUUCCGCGAGAAAUCCACCUAUGAAGAAUUCGUCGAAGGUACUGGAUCCUUUGAAGAAGAUACUACAUUACCGGAAGGUUUGAAAGAAUGGAACAAACCUAAAGAAGAGUCCCCCGAGGACGGUGACAAAAAGAACAAAUCAGCGGAGUCUGGCGAGCAGGUGCAGCCUUCUAAAGCAGCCUCCAGUAAUAAACAGCCGCAGCAACGAUUAUAACUUGUAAUAUUUUAGUCUCGCAACUGCUGUGUAUAAUAGUUCGAAAUACACAAUCAACAACAAUAUAAGUUUCCGGAUAUUUAACAGUAUAUUCAGCUGCAUCAGCUGUUGUAUAUGAUGAAGCCGUCAGUUUGACGUGACGCUCUUAUGUGUUUUCUUGUAAUUAAAUCGAAAUUACAGUA